AUGAGUGUUCGGACCCCACCCAAACUCCAGAAGUUGGCAAUUCAGGCUCUGUUGAGAGAUGAGGCUUUGGCCAUAUCCUCUCUGGAGGAGCUACCCUCUGUACUCUUCCCAGCACUGUUCAAGGAGGCCUUCACUGGCAGACAAACCAAGCUCAUAAAGGCAAUAGUGGCAGCCUGGCCUUUCCCCUGUCUCCCUGUUGGGGCAUUGAUGAAGAGGCCUGACAUGGAAAUCUUUCAGGCUCUGCUAAAUGGAGUAGACAUGCUAUUGAAGAGAGAGUUUUACCCCAGGAGGGGAAAACUACAGGUUCUUGAUAUGAGAAAUGUGCACCAUGCCUAUUGGAAUGUAUGGGAUGAAGCAGAUGACAGUGACUGUUCAGCAGAGACCUUGGACAAAAAGCAAGUAGUGAAGGUCCUUCCCAGAUAUGCACUGAGGCAGCAUCUGAAGGUCAUAGUUGACCUGACUCUCACUUCCUGCUCCUGUGAAUCAAAAGCAUUUUUCUUGAAUUGGGCCCAGCAGAGAAGGAGGGUCCUAUAUUUCUGCUGUACAAAGAUGAAGAUUUGGCCUCUUCCAUUCCACAAUAUCAGAUAUAUCUUGAAAGUUUUUGAUCCAGAGCACAUCAAAGAAUUAGAACUAAAUAUCGACUGGACUCUGUUAGAGCUAACAAAUUUUGCUCCCUACUUCGGGCAGAUGAAAAAUCUUUGCAAACUCUUCCUGGCACCCCUCCACAAUAAAACCUACCCUAUUACCAAUGUAACAAGAGUUGCAGAAGUCAGGUGUCUCGACAAGAUUAUUUCUCAGUUUUCCAAAUUCAACUGUCUCCAGCAUAUCUGCCUGAAACACGUCCAUUUUCUCAAAAACAAGAUGAAUCAGGUCCUAGGGUGCCUGAGGACACCCUUGGAAACCCUCUCCAUCGUUCACUGCCAAAUUUCACAGUCAGACGUAGAUUCCUUUUCCUGCAGUCAGAGCCUCUUUCAGUUAAAACAUCUGGAAAUAAUAGAAGUGACCUUAGAUGCUUUCGAUCUUACACAUUUGAGAGGUCUCCUAGAAAGAGUGGUAGACAGUCUUGGGACUCUGUAUUUGUCAUCGUGUAAGAUGAAGGACUCCCAUAUCAAUGUCCUCCUACCUGCCCUCACACAGUGCUCUCAGCUCACCGAUGUCAACUUCUACUACAAUGACUUCUCCAUGCCCACGCUGAAGGACCUUUUGGAGCACACAGUCAACUGGAGCAAGAUAAAUGUGGAACAAUACCCUGCCCCUCUGGAGUGCUAUGAUGAGCGGAAUCAUGUCUCCAGAGAAAGAUUUGCCCAACUUUGUGAGGAGCUCAUGGAUACACUCAGGGAAGUAAGGCAGCCCAAGAACAUCUCCUUUGCUACAAAUACCUGCCCUAAAUGUCAUGACAACUAUGUCUAUGGCCAUGGGGCCAAACUUUGUGAUUGUUGGCAGUAA